UCAACGACGGGACCGGCACCCCAAAAGACCACCCCACGCAGUUAAACCCAUGUUCGCCACCGCUUCUUUCUGACUGGCGCCCCCUCGAGAGACAUCGCACUCUCGAUCCGUUUGAAUAGUCUCGGCCUGUCUCGCACGAACGUUUUCGCGAGGCAAGGACGACCGAUUUGAAUCGUAUUGUAUAUAUUUACGGGAUAAAAAAAGUGCAUGCAAUGUGGGUAUGUGCGUAUCUGUGUACGUGCGUGCGUGCCUGCGCGUCGCCGGCACGUUGACACCUUUUUCUUCCUUCGCCUUCUGUACCCCGGGACGCGAAGGAACCCGCGAGGAAGGGUGAGUCGCGUCGUAAUUUUUAGCCGGGUCGACGACCUCGAACCCCCCGAGGACGCUCCUCUCGGCGAACCUGCGGCUAGGCUGCGGAAACUGACGCCGAAGUUAUCGUUCUCCUUGAAGAAAGAGACCUUAAAAAAGGGCGAUCUCUCUCGACGCGGCGCGCGAUGAACAUUUUUAUUGGAAAAGAAAAAACGUGCGAGCGAACUUUUCUGAAAGAAGAGGAACAACAAGAGUGAGCGAGAGUAAAAAAAAAAAAAUAUCUGUUGAUAAAAUGACAAGGGAUGGAGCUGCCGUCGAAUAAACAAUUUUAUUUAUUCCUGCAAUACGGAACAACGAGCUUGCCCUCGGUAAAACGGGAACUAAUUAAGUGAAAAUGGGAAGAUACCGAGGAGCAAACGAGUCGCGCGCGGAAAGUGCCUGCGGAUUUUCAAAAUGAAGUGCAUUGCAAAUUCCGGUGAGAAAACACGCGAGAAUCAUUUUGACCGCGAUCGCUCGGAGAAUCACGCCAGAUGGAAGCUCUAAGACAUUAUUGCGCAUUCGGCGGAAUUGCAAGAACGUCAAUUUCUUCUCUUGCGGAUCCCUGGCGCGCUUCUGGAGAAUGGGCGAGACUGGAUUCCGUGAACGACAGGUGUGGGAGGAACACCGGAGUCGCCAGAAUGCAGGAUUCCAGGUGCACAGGAUAGAAUGAAUCGUCGGGAAGACCCGCUGUUACGGCAGCAUCGAAACCGUUUGCUGCAAUUGGCCGAGGCGACGAAUAUCAAGCCUGGCCGUGGCAGCGGGAAGAGACGCGGACAGAAACAGUCGCAAGGUUUCGGGCCCAGUAAUGGCGGACCCAGCCGCGUGACGCUCCAGGAUAUUGUCAGAAGCGAUCCUGGAUACACGCCGAACAUCGAGCACUUAGUGUUUCCGGAGCGCAAGAGCAGCAAUCCGAAUUUAAAGGGCGUCGCCGAUGGCUCGCCGCCAAAUAAAUCCAAAUCGAAUGCUACGAGCUCGGGAAGGUCCAGGCUCGCCGAGGUCUUCGCUCGGCAUUACGCAAGAGGAUCUUCGCAGGACUCGUCCGUUACGUCCAGAAAGAAUCACGUGAAUAGCACGUCGCUGGACGGCGGGAACGUGGUGGGUCAUCAGCCGGGGCCUGGCGGACCCACGGUGGUGACCGGGCGCCGCUGGCUGUCGCAGAACUCGCAGGCCUCGAGGCAACAUUCGGCCGAGGACGGGAUACGUGGGGGCAGCGUGGGCGUUGGAGGGCCCGUUUCGACCUCGUCCUCGAGCCAGGCCCCCGGUCAGAACGUACCUCCCGCUUUGCCGCCGCGGAGAGUCAAUCCGGCCACGGAUGCGAACGAGAUCGCCAAUUCUAUCUCGCGUAUCGACAGGGGCCCAAACGUGUCGAUCCUCCAUUUGCGCAACGCGUCGGCGGACCCUUGGGAGGUCGGCUCUCAAGGCUCCUCGUACAGCGUCAGCAGCAACAAGAGCCAGACAGCAGGCAGCAGAGGUAAAUCCGGCGGGAAUGCACGUGGUUCCUACAGCCGCGGUAGCUCGAUACCAUCCUUGAAACGUCACGAUACAUCCACGUCGACCGCGUCGACGUCAAGCCUUAAGCAGCAUCGACAAGACAGUCAUGGUCAGGUAUCCUCCAGUUCUCGGCGACGUGACGCCACAAACUCCUUCCUCUCGGGUAAUAGUGGCACGUCGGGCGAGCUGUUCAUCAGCGGCGACUGCAGCCGCGAGCUGUCACCCGUGCGAUGGUGCGAUCGCGAGGUCGACGGCGUUUACCUGGGGCGUUCCGGCUGGGUCCAGGUGCAACAGCGGUCCCUCGACGAGAAUCGUCGCGCGACCUACGAGAGCAACCUGGGGACCACCGCCGGCGGCACUCUGCCGAUGUCGCGACGCGCCGCGGUUAAACUAGCGGAUUAUCACUGCAACAGCGAGCCGGGCAAGUGUCCGCAGGACUUCGCCAGAGGAUUGGACUCGCAAAGGCCGGACUAUCUUGCGCUGCACAACCAGGACUUCGACUCGAUCACGACAAGCGCCUGCACGUCGCCGCACAGCAUCCCGGAAUCAUUUUCCCCGCCAUCGAUCACUCCGAUUAUAUCGCCGCCGCCGGCUUUUCAAGAUGCCGUCACCGGCAGAAAAUCCUCCUCCAGGCACUCCUCCGCUGGACGCAGCAAUUACGGCAGCAAGGCGCCUUUCCUGCCGCGAUCGAACGCCAUCGUCGACAGCGACAUCAUCAGUCCGCCACCGUCUCCUCCGCCUCAUCAAGUGAACUGGAGUUCCCUACCGUCCGGAUCUAGAAAAAGUCUCGGUUCGGCACCUCCCAGGUCGAAGAGACAGAAUCCCAAUCAACAGCAACAGCAGCAGCAGCAACAACAGUAUCGUAUGGCGCAGGCCAAAUCUUUGGAGGAUCAAUCGUCCUCCAGAAGGUCGCAGUUUGCGCAGAGAUAUAUCGAGUCGUCCAGUUCGUCGUCGUCGUCGAUGGGAUUCAGAAGUCUCGACAGCUGCGUCACCAAAUCGAUUAUGCCAAGCCUAGCAGAGAACACGGAUUCUUCGGUUGAAGGAUAUGAGGAUGGUGACGAAGAUGAUAAUCCCAGCUCAUCCUUAAAUCUCAGUCUGGUGUCGUCAUCAGCUCUUGCAUUGAACUCGUCCACAGAGUCAAUUCGCGCCAACGGCGAACGAAUUUCACCUAACAGGCAAGGGAGAAUCCACAGAAGCCAACAAGGAUUGAGAAGAUCGCCAGGAUCCUCCGAGUCGGGGAAGCAAAUGUUCAAUUCAUCCUCCUCGUCAUCCUCUUCGUCCAGUAGCGAGGAGCGACAAGGACGGUCACCGACGCCUAAUCUCUUCAGACGCAGUAAUGCCAUGCGACAGCAUCAGAGUGCCAGGACCAAUCAGAUGUCGCCUGACUCUCAUCAAUCCCGAGUCAGAAGAUCCAGGAGUCUCCAGCUGCCUGAGAAAAGGUCACCGGGUACGACUGGGCCGCAGAGAGAUCACUCUCGAGAAUCCAACGAGGCUCACAGGGUCGUCAUGAAGAUCGUGAAUGAUCGAGGAAACGAGAGGUCCAAGCGCCACGUUCUUCAGAAUAGAAAGGCUCAGUCUACUGAUGACGCCAUAAACGAAAAUCUUAUCCGGGAAACGGAAGUAGUAACCGAAUAUUUGUACGGUACACGAAGUCGUGUCGUGCCAAGAAGCCGCUACGAACGUCGCGACGAGAAUCAAGAGCAAAGACGAGGCACUUCUAACACCUACGACGUUUACAUCAUAUCUUCCAAGCAGCAGCAGCAGCAACAUCAAUCCUCGAAAGCAUUCAAUUCCUCGCAGCUGCAACAGCAGCCGCAACAAUCGCAACAGCAGCAACAACAACAACAGCAAUCCCGGCGGCCACGGACGUUGCAGAGAGGCGCCACGACGCCGAAUACAAACGCACCGUCCGUCAAUCAGGACUUUUGCAUUAGUCCGGACACGAAAUUGCGCUGUAACAGUAGCACGUGCGACUUCUGGCCUCACUGUUCUCAAAGAGAAACUCUGUAUUCGCCAAAUCAAGGAUCACAGCCAGUUUUCAUGAAGCUGUCGCAAAGCUAUCCGGCGCAUCAAAGGCUUUCCGACACCGGCAGCCACCGAGGUAGCGCCAGUUCAUCGCCGGCCUCCCUGGAGCGAAUGGAUGAUCGGGAGCUCCGUGAAAGAGAUAAUCUGAGAAAAAACAGAAGCAACCAGCAGACCAACUCUAAAUAUCGAGACAGAUCCAAAGGCGUGCUCAAGCAGGCUAAUAGAUGGUCGCCGCUGGAAGGAAUUAACGGCAAUGGUUCCGGAGUGGAGAAGAGAGAUCAAAUGCACCAUCGAGUAUAUCGAAAGCCCGACUUCCCAGGAUCUUUCGAAGGCGCUGACAAAGAUAGGAGGGUGUCUCCUAUCCAAGGAAUGAACGUCGUCAGUAGAUCACCGAGCGGUGGCCCGGUCGGUUCUUCGUCGACGACCACCUCGUCGUCCUCGAGCAGCGAUAUCUGGAUCACCACGUCGGAUCGCACGGUGACGAAGAGCCCGCGAAACGCCAAGAGCUCUGGCGCAUCCACGCCGAUGGAGGACGCUGUGAUCGGCUCCCUGAAGACGCUGAUAGAGCCGCCUAAGGAUGGUACGCUGUCCAGGCCCGGCAGUGCGCCGACCCGGGGCGAGGAUUCGCUCACCGACGACAUCAUCCUAGAUCCUCACCAGAGGUCCUUGUCGCUGCCAAAGUCCUUCCUGACGCACAACACGGAUGGCAGCAACAAGGCAUCUUGGCAUCGCGGACACGAGUCCCAGCGAUCCAGCCCUAGCCCCAGCAGACUUCAUCGCGUGCAGGAAGCGGCCACAUCUCACACAGCUCCAGUUUCUCCUUUGCACGAUUAUAGAACGAGUGGCCACGCCGGAAGAGAGAGGAGGCGGAUUCCCGGUCUCAGCAAAGCUCAACGGAGGAUCAAAGCGUCCAGCACACCGGCACUUCUAGAUAGAAACCAUGACAGCCGACAGUGGUCCGGGGACGAAGAAGACGAUGGGACGAGGAGAGGCCACGUGACGACCGAGCAUCCCCUGGCCGAGGCGACGAUUCCUCUGGUCAGCCAUUCCAGGUUGCAGGAACCGUCUUCUGUCCUGAAUGUCGCCAACGUGCCCACCGGCGGAAGUCAGAAUGCUGCGCAUCGCGCGCAGAGCCAGCAAGAGAGCGUGCUGCAGAAAUUCCGUAAGAGCUUCUCGCUGAGGUUCCACAAGAAGGGCAGCAAGGAGAGCAACGAGGAAUGUCCCGCGGAGGACAAUGACGGCUCGGGGCCCUUGGACGAGGAGGAGAGCACGGAGACGCCUCCCGUCACCUCCGAGCAGAGCAACCAGCACAAAGACGACUCUAGCAAUGACCAGAAAUUCCGAUUCGGCCCACUCGUCUGGAGAAGUAGCAAGGAGAGGAAAAAAGGUAACAAGGCCGCCCGAAAUGCGAAAUGCAACAGUGGAGACAGCGGUAUCCAAAUCGAGAUGGUAUCUGGUGGAGCAUUGACUGGUGGCAGUGGCGGAGGAAUGAUGGGGGGUGGUGACAGCUCCGAGUCCCACGACACGGACGAUAUUCCCGACGAUACCGACAGCCCUCCGGCUCUUCGUAGACGAGUCGCCGAUAAAUCGCGGCCCCAGUCCGAGCUCAUCAACCAGAUACUGAUUGACAAGUUCAAGGCGGAUCUGCAGAGUCGCGCGUCGCGACACAACCACGUGCGUCGCACGAACAGUGAUUUGGGGGGCCAGAGGCUGCUCCAAUGGGACACCAGAUCCGGAUACGUUCACAAUUAUCGCAGGAUGCUGUCUACUCCGUCGCCGAUCAAGACGAGGCCGCCCAGACUCAGCCCGAGGCACUCUUCCCAUGAUAUCGUUACGCUCAGAAGUAACGCGAAAGGGAGGAGUUCUCGGACAAAUCUGAGACGUUCGCUUAGUCAGCCACUGGGAAUCAAUCAGCUCUCUCCACUAAUGCGCACCAAAACUUCAGUAGGCGCAAGAUUACCCGGUGGCAAUGUGUUAUCCGAGGACGAGCAGGAUGGAAGAGCCGGCACAUCCGACGACGAAAUGAUGUCCGACUCCGAAUCCUCGAUCGCUUCCUUGACGGAUAAGAAGAAAUCAUUUGAGCAAACAAUGGACGAGGAAAUCGUCAUCUUGGCUGAAGCUGUUUGGGAUCACGUGGCGAUGGAACCGGAGGAACUAGCUUUUCGUGCCGGGGAUGUCAUCGACGUCCUCGAUACGUUAGACAAAGAUUGGUGGUGGGGCAGCUGCAGAGGAGAACAUGGAUGGUUUCCGGCCGCUUUUGUUAGGUUACGAGUGAAUCAAGAGGAUACAGUGGAAGAUUGUUUGGCCGCGAUAGCCUCAGGAGGAUCCUCGGGUACUCAACUGAGAAGACGAACGAGCGUUUCCUUGCUCUCGAACGAGCAAGUGAGGACAAGCGUUGUCCGCGAGCUCGUCCAGACCGAGCGCGAUUUCGUCAAGGUCCUUCGCGAUGUAGCCGAAGGCUAUAUCGCGGAAUGUCGGAGACGCGCGGAUAUGUUUACCGAAGAACAGAUUGAAUCGAUCUUCAUCAACCUGGAAGAGCUUCUGGAUUUUCAGUCCGAAUUUUUGAAGGAUCUCGAGGCUUGCAUCGACUGGAACGCGCCGCACAAAAGUUGCGUCGGCGAAUGCUUCCUCAAUCAUAGAGCGGGUUUUCGCAUGUAUUCCGAAUACUGCAACAGUCAUCCGAUGGCCAUAGCGACGCUGCAGGAGCUCUACCAGCACAAUCGUUACAGCAAAUUCUUCGAAGCUUGUCGGCUGAUGCGAGGCCUCAUAGAGAUCCCCUUGGACGGGUAUCUAUUGACGCCCGUUCAACGAAUAUGCAAGUAUCCCCUUCAAUUGGCGGAGCUACUGAAGUAUACGAAAACCGAUCAUCCAGAUUAUCACAAGAUUCAGGAGGCCUUGGAAGCGAUGAGAGGCGUUGCUGUACUGAUCAACGAGAGAAAAAGACGGAUGGAGAGUUUGGAGAAGUUGGCCGCGUGGCAAAUGCGCGUAGAAGGCUGGGAGGGUGAGGAUCUCAUAGAAGUUUCGUCGCAACUGAUUUAUCAAGGUGAGGCGAUGAGAGUGAAGACCGGCAUGUGGACGAACAAUAUCACGCUGUUCCUCUUUGAUCAUCAACUGGUCUAUUGCAAAAAAGACAUUCUCAAGCGCAACACUUAUGUCUACAAAGGUCGCAUCUAUCUCGACACCAGCGAGGUCAUUGACGUACCAGAUGGAAAAGAUCUUCAAUCGGGGGUGACAGUGAGGCACUGCUUGAAGAUAUACAGUUGCGUCCGGGACAAGUGGUUGCUCUUCUGUUGUCGUACAGCGGAGGAGAAACGACGGUGGCUGACGGCGAUGGCCGAGGAACGGAGACUGGUAACCAAGGAUAGGAACGAUGGAUUAGAGUUUCCAGCGGCGGCCAGACAUCUCGCCAGGUUAGCCGCUAGCAGACUGCAGAUUAGACCACCUAUCAAACCUCGCAAUAAAACAUAUAAGAGGGAGUCAACGUACGAGAUGCCGACUAUGAUCGGACAAGGCACCACCAACUCGCUAGGAAGGAAGGUCGGCACUUGGUUCACGUUCGGUAGCAGCAAAAAAAGCACUCGGCUUCAACCGUCCUGAGACAGGCCUACCUUCGUACCGUAUAUUGACCUAUAAAGCUGCAGCUAACGGCGCUGUAUCGUCCUGUCAGAAUGGUGUAAAAUAUACCUCAAUAUCGAUUGCAUCAAAGCUUGGAAAUCUUUUCGAACAAUCGUUUAAAAAAAUCAUCAUUAUCAAUCGGUACUUUAAUCAGGAUAAUAUUGCUCAUUUUUUGACAAACCGAAUUGUACUAUUCUCCGUGAGUCGAUGAACGAUUAAUUUUGAUUGCUAGAGUUUCGUAUCAUCUCUCGAGGAUGAACAGCGUCUUGUCAAACGUACGGCACGAAGGUAUUUAAAUAACUCAAAUGUGAAAAUGUUGUCCUAUAAAAUAGCUCUUCUUUUAAAGUAGAAAAAGCAAUCGCCAUCGAUUCCAUGAUCAUAGUCUGUAAUGAAUCGCGCGGCGAUCCAAAAGCAUAAAUUUCAACGAUUUUUCAUUCACUGCCUCUCUCAUGAAAGCAGGUGCUUCUCUACCAAACAGAUAGUAUCAUUGUCCAAAUUAGAUAAUUGCAAAUGUAUAUACCAUAUGUAAAUUAACAAAAAUCAUUCAUUAUAUCUAUAAUCUGAAUCAGAACUGUCUUCGUAAUGCUUCGAAUCGAUGGUUCCCUAACUGUAUCCGAUCUGAAACCAAUGUUCGAUCAUGAUUUUGCUCUCGAUGUAACAUUGUCAAUGUUCAAUUCGAGAACUACUAUCCAGAAGAUGUUUUGGAGAGGCAAAAAAUUUGUUACUAACCAAGAGGGAAAUGUAUAAUCAAUUUUGUAGAUGCUUGAUAUUAAAAACUAUCGUUAAUAAUAGCCAAUGCAGGUAGAUUAGAGAGCUAGAAGAGUAAAUAGUGAAUGUAUAAAGUCAAUAGCAGGCUUCUAAGGUACUAAAGAGAAAGUACUAGUCACUCUUCACAUCGCGAAUUCAUGAUAAAUGCCGAUGAACUAUAAUAGAUAUGUAUUGUUACAUGCGCAAUCGCUUUUUGGAUCGAACGGCUAUGGAUGGUAUGGAUGUAUCGUACGGCUGUAUUUUUUAUUGUAAUCGAAAGACUGACGACCGAGAUGCUUCCUCGGGGGGAAACCGGUUAUAAACUUGAGAGAGAAAUGCGAUGGGAUCGAUUAAGAAAUUUGUUAAGAUUAUUUGAUUGUUUUAAAAGUUGUCGAUCAAUUUUCUGUGAAAGAGAUACAACGAGAAAACUCACCGUUUGUAGUAUAUUAUGUACAAUUCUGUGUUAGCCAAAUUCAAUCACAAAAUCCGAAUUAGUUUCGCGAUCAAUUUUCGGCCGAUUCCGCACACCACUUUUCUCUCAACGAAAACAUAGAUGUAUUUCUUAGAAAAAAAAUCUCCAGCGAGCUAUACAAGGUAACUUACUGCCUAACUAAUGUUCGUUAUUUCGCAUUGUAAUUGUAAUACUCAGUAGUUUGUACCCCAGAUAGCAAAAGUAGUCAUUUUGACGUCAAAUUAAGUUAUUUUGACGUUAAAAUGAUAUCAUAAUAAUUACUGUGACUAUCUGGGACGGAAUUGCGAUAGCGGGGAAAUAGAAGAGAGACGAAGGGAUGAAACAGGAGCGAAAAAAAAGGGGAAAAAAUUUUGUUUCCACGAAACAACAUAGCAGCAGUAUUAUUCAUAUACAAAAAACGCGAUUUGAAUAUGUAAAUACUCGCAUAUCACGCCUCUUACUGCGAUGCGAAGCGACAAGCUUCUAAAAAAAGAAAGAAAGAGAGAGGAAAAAAGAUGAUCGGGAGAAAAUCUUUCAAGUUUUUCUACUCUUGUACAGAAAAAGAAUCAGUUAACUCGACAGAAGAAUCUCUGUUAUAAUGAUAUAUACAUAUAUGUAUGCAGUCCCUUGGCAAAAAAUGUUCGAUCUAGCAAUUUCAACAGUUUAAUCACGGAUCCUGAAAGUUUCUAACACUGCCAAUUAGUUUAAAGAAAUACGUCUUCGUUCUUUAGAAUUAUUUGACCCGAUCUUUAAUAGAAAAGAAGAUCGGUAACUCCGGAUUUUCUCUAUCUCGAGGGACGAAAGCGCGAUAUUUUGUCUUAUUUAUAACGUUUAUGUACGAAUGUGUGGCAGUUCUGGGCGAAAGAAGAUAUUUACGUUUUAUAUAACACACACAGAAAAAUAUAUUUUUACUUGUUUUCGAGAGACAGCACGUAAUUUACUAUAUAUACGACGAGGACAAUAUAAUGAUAAAAUGAAUGGAUCAAGAUUCCUACUGUACAAAGAGAUCAUUAGCCUGUUGAUGUUUAGAUUUAGGAGAGGACGCAAUUUGUUGCUGGACCCAACUCAUUUCAGAGUUAUUUUUAUAGAAGAGACUACUCAUUGGUUCUUGAAUGUGAUUUUUCUUAUAAGUAUUGCAAUUAUACACAUGGACUGCUUUAAUAAAUAAUGGCCAACGUAAGUAUAAGGAACAAAUGUAACUCGUUAUAGGAAGGAUAAGUAGCGAGGAUAUCCCGAACAACAUGAAAGUCUACAAAAGACAUUUUUUGGAUGUUCCAGAAACGUCUUUUAAAUGCUUCUACAGGCAUCCUUCCAUGAGGUUUGUGUUGUCUUCGGGCGCGUUAUUCGAGUAAUGCACGAUUAUCAGCACAACUUUCCAUACUCAUGAGAAUAAUACUUACAAUUUCACGACAGACAAGUAAUCGAAAUACGUGAAAGUUCAUACCUCGCACUCACAGACUCCCAUGUAUUAUUGGCAAAUGAAUUACAUAUCUCGCAAGAUGAUUGAUUAAUUUGUAUUUCGGAGGAUAUAUUUGUCUAUCCCCGCUAGAAACUGUUACUUUUGGGAACCGUCAGGCAGGAUCUGCACAAAAUUUGAGGAAAUGCGCUUUGAAGCAAUAAGUAUUGUACUGUAAGCGUUACUGUUAUGAUACUUUAAGCUGUUAUGUAAACAUAACGCGUUUAUAUAAACGUAUAUUUUCCCUGAGAUUUGAUAUCGAUAAUCAUACGUACAUACUCUGACGACAGGAGAAAAGCAGAGCUCAGUUUUUUGUAGCGAGAUCUCUAAUUACAUUAAUGAUCUAAGACGAAAAACACAGAGAUAUCACAUGUAUCACUCUGUUUUCUGUAUAUAUAGAUGUAUUUUGUAAGUGUAAAUACCGUAGAUCUACUCAAUAGAAACAAACAAUUUCAACACGUUUUUGUAGUAAUUAAGUGAAUUCUACUAUUAAGCAAUAUAUCUGAUGUUAAUGGA